AUGGCCUUUGUAGAAAUUGUCAUCAGUGGAAAACACGCCUACGACAUUCAAAAACUUAAAACCGCUGUAUCACGAACAAAGACAACGGAUACCAACGUCUCGAUUCGCUCUAUAAUUCGGGAUGACGUCACCGUCCUACGCAUCGAAGGCCACCCAGAAAGCGUGGCCAGUGCGAAGGUCAAGGUCGUUGAAAUGCUGGAAAAACUUGAAAAUGAGGAGACUAAAGAAAUAACACUGGACCACAAACUGCAUAAAAAAAUCAUCGGUCAGAACGGGGAGCAGAUUAAACAGAUUAGUUCCAAAUUUCCAGAUGUGUCGAUCAAUUUUCCUCCGGCCAUUAAAAAAGGUGAUAUAGUAACGCUAAAAGGUCCUAAGCAGGAAGUGGACUUGUGCUGCAAAUACUUGGAAAUCUUUGCACAGGACUUGGCAAGUGAUGAUAAUGAUGUUUCCGAUGAUGAUUAUGAUGUUUCCGAUGAUGAUAAUGAUGAUCAUAAUAAGGAAUGGUCAUAA